UUCUUCACAUUCUUUCAGCUCACGCCACCUUCCCUAUAAACCCUAGACCUGAAUACAAAGAUUACUCUUCAAGGCUAAGGUCCAGGUGACAUAGCUGCCAGCAAAUGCCCAGGAAAAAAAAAAUCACAUUGGUAAUUUCAUCACAAAAGCUGAGCCAACAGGUGGAUGCAGCAACUGAGAUGAAUCAUAUCUGACAGCUAAGAGACAAAGACACGGCAGUCACAAAAGAUCCUGUUUCCUUGAGGCAGGGCAUGUUCCUUGCAUAAAAAGCCAGUCAGCUGAGGGGACCACAUCAGAUUCCAGUGACCAUUCUGCCUGUUCUUCUCUGCACACCAGAACCAGCUGCCUCUGAAGCAUGAAUUCCCAGCAGCAGAAGCAGCCUUGCACCCCACCUGCUCAGCUUCAGGAGCAGCAGGUGAAACAGCCUUGCCAGCCUCCUCCUGAGGAACCAUGUGUUCCCAAAACCAAGGAGCCCUGUCACCCUAAGGCUCCUGAGCCCUGCCACCCCAAGGCUCCUGAGCCCUGCCACCCCAAGGCUCCUGAGCCCUGCCACCCCAAGGCCCCUGAGCCCUGCCACCCCAAGGCCCCUGAGCCCUGCCCCUCAACAGUCACUCCAGUGCCAGCUCAACUGAAGACAAAGCAGAAGUAAUGUGAUCCACAGCCAUGCCCCUGAGGAGCCGACCACCAGAUGCUGAACCCCUUUCCCAUUCUGGCUUACCAGUUCCAUACACCUUAUGUUACAAUGCUAUAUCACCUUAAGUCACAGUCCCUCUCUCAUUUGCACCCAAAAACAUCUGCUGGGAAGCUUUCCUUCCUAAACUUUUGGGGCAUCUGUGCCUCUGAAUUAGGAGGAGGGGUUUGGUACCUGAGCUGGGUUUUGGCUGCUCAGAAUUUGUCUGAAGAGGGACUUAAGGUGUAAACAAGUGAUCCAGUUCUGUUAUACCCCCAUUAAAUUCCCUUCC